AGCGCCCCCUGCUGCUCUGAACCACCUGCAGAUCAAAAUGCGUCCAGCAGAGAGCAGCACACUCGCUCUAUCGCUCUGUCUGUCUGUCUGUCUGUUUGUCCCUCUCGCUCUAUCACACACACACACACACACGCCUCCUGCAGACCCUCUGACGUCACUGUAGCACACACAUACACACGCUCGCCUCGGACAAAACUGUGAUGAGUUUGAUGUGAAAAGAGACGAAGUUUCACAAAGAGAACAAGACUGAAAAGAAGAAAGAAAGAAAGAAAGAAAGAAAGCAAGAAAGAAAGAAAAGAACCAGCAGCAUAAUGGAGACGACGUCAUCACACUGCUGUGACAUCACUGGGGGUGGAGCCGACAAGAAAUCAAACCAAUCAGAGAGCAUCUUGACUCAGCCAACGGCCAAUGGGAUGCUGCCGCAUCAGAAGACAGAAGAGGCCCCACCCCCUCUCUCUGACAGGUCAGAGGAUGGUGACCGCAGUGAUGACUCAGUGACAGGCUCCUCCUCCUCCCCCAAUGACAUCGCUCCACUGCUGCCGCCGCCCCCUGCUGCUGCACAGCGCAAACACACAGGUGUGGACACAUCAUCAGAGGCUACCGCCCCCGUUUGUGCUCGGCCCCCUCUUCAGUCGUCCUCCCGUCAUCAUCAUCAUCAUCAGAGCACCAAUCACAAGCGUCUCUCCUCCUCUAAAGGCCCCGCCUCCUUAAAGACUGACGCUGCUCACAUCAAAGAAGUUGCUGGAGACGACUGUUGUGUCCACUGUCUCCUGGCCUGUCUCUUCUGCGAGCUGCUGUCCAUGUGCUCGGCCGUGGGGGAGUGUCUGGCGUGUGCAGUGGGCGGGGUCAGCUGCUGUGACGCUGCUGUUGGCUGCUGUAGCUGCUGCGUCGAGGCGGUGGGGGAGGCGGCUUGUACAGAGGAGGCGUGUCAGGCCGUGUUGGAUUGUGGGAUACUGCAGGACUGCUGCGGAUCGUCCGACUGUCUGGACAUUUGUCUGGAAUGUUGCUCCAUCUGCUUCCCCUAAUGAAGCGGCUAAUCAGAGCGGAGCGUCAGGAUGACAUCAUCGCCUCACUGUGGAUGUUAAUUUAUCAGAUUAUUAUCGUGUAACUGCUGCUGUAAACAGGGUUAUAAGCGGGGCUUAACUUGAGAUACGCUGAAGUAAGCUAACAGUUGCUAACAUGCUAACAGUUGUUGAUGUUUGCUGGGAUUUAGCCUCAAAGACACAGUUCAGGGUUAAAAAUCUGCAUCAGUUUAAGUCUACGAUGCCUUUAAGAACACGUUCACGUCUUUAUCUCACUGUCAGGCAGACUUUUACAACAGGAAACUGAAGUUUGUAAACCACUCACUCUCCCACACCAAAGACCAGAGAGCUCACAGGGACACAGGAGCUGCCUCGUGUGGUCACUUUGUGUCACUGACAUAAAUGCAAAUUAAGGAUUUUAAAUGCCGUAUUGACAAAAUCAGACAUUUCAACUGAGUGAUGGAGACAGCAUGCGAUCAACAACACCUGUGUGUGUGAUGUUAAAAUCUCUGAUUUUCUCUGUGGAGUUUGGUGUGGACUGCACUGUAUUCUGUCCACUGUUUGUUUGUCUGUGACUGACAGCAGAGGUGGGGGGCGGGGCUGGGUGGGACAGGAAGUUGCUCCUGCAGGGACAGGAAGUGUGUGUUGGUGGAGGCAAACGUGCCAGAACAUCCAAACAGGAAACAGGAAAUCGCUGAAAUGACAGUGUCAGCUGACCUCUGACCUCGGGGACGUACAACAUCAAAGACACUCUCCACAUGGUCGUUCAAACCCAAGGGGCGGAGCCUGUUAGCGGGUCAGAGGUUAAAUAUGAUUACAGACACAGUGAUGGGUUGUUGCUGGAUACACUGCCCCCUGGUGUUCAUCUAAAGAGUGGACUCCAACAUCCUGUGAUAACUACAGACCCCUCCUGACCUUUGACCUGAUGAAUGAUUUGUUGUCUUUAAACACCGUAAAACUGUCAAAGAGACACAAAGUCAGAUCUUCACUGAUUUUAUUUCUCUAUAAAAGUUUGAUCUAUAAAAAAACACUAACAUGAACAUUAAACAUUAAUGAUUCCCUUCUUA